UACAGCAACACACCGGGAGCAUCCCUGAGCGGAGGGAGCGCUCGUUUUUCGUUCGACAAUCUGCAAGAAAAACUGUAUUAUAUUGUGUCACGUUUCAUAACAGACUUUGUGUCACGCCGCAGAAUGAUUCCGGGCCCUGCUGAGCCUUGUGGACACUGAGGCCCGCACAGAGAUCCACCUUGCACCGGCCAAAGGACCAUCCAGCAGCAGCCAUCCCGAGACAGAAUGUCAAGUAGCCCUGAAGGAAGUCUCUCCAGGGGCGGCAGCUCCGACCGGGACUUGAAGAUGGCCUCUUCGAGCAACACGUCCCCCGAGGGUGGACUUCCACCACCGCUGCACCAGAACCGUAUACGGCAGUCCGACAGUAACACCAGUUUCCUGAGGGCUGCCAGAGCGGGAAACAUUGACAAAGUCCUUGACUUCCUGAAAAAUGGAGUAGACAUUAGCACCUGUAACCAGAAUGGUCUCAACGCACUACAUCUGGCGGCAAAGGAAGGACACAAGGAUUUAGUUGAGGAACUGUUGGAAAGAGGAGCACCUGUUGACUCUCCCACCAAGAAAGGAAACACUGCCCUGCAUAUCGCUGCAUUGGCCGGACAAAAAGAAGUAGUCAGACUACUGGUGAAGAGAGGAGCAGAUGUCAACUCUCAGUCACAGAAUGGAUUCACUCCACUCUACAUGGCAGCCCAGGAGAAUCACUUGGAGGUGGUGCGGUACAUGUUGGAAAAUGAAGGGAACCAAAGCAUUGCAACUGAGGAUGGUUUCACUCCACUGGCCAUCGCUCUCCAGCAGGGCCACAACUCUGUGGUCUCCCUGUUGUUGGAGCAUGACACCAAGGGUAAGGUCCGUCUCCCUGCCCUGCAUAUAGCAGCCCGCAAAGACGACACAAAGUCUGCCGCACUGCUGCUGCAGAACGACCACAACGCCGACGUCCAAUCUAAGAGCGGGUUUACCCCUCUGCACAUCGCGGCUCAUUAUGGUAACGUGAAUGUCUCCACCCUGUUGCUGAACAGAGGAGCUGCUGUGGACUUCACAGCCAGGAAUGGAAUAACACCUCUCCAUGUGGCCUCCAAGAGGGGCAACACCAACAUGGUGGCCCUGCUGUUGGACCGUGGGAGUCAGAUAGAUGCCAAAACCAGGGAUGGGCUGACCCCCCUGCACUGUGCAGCCAGGAGUGGACAUGACCCAGCAGUAGAAAUUUUGCUGGAGAGAGGAGCUCCCAUCUUAGCCAGAACCAAGAACGGACUGUCCCCACUACACAUGUCAGCCCAGGGAGACCACUUGGAGUGUGUUAAACUCCUGCUACAGUACAAGGCACCUGUUGAUGAUGUCACACUGGACUACCUAACAGCGUUGCAUGUUGCAGCUCACUGCGGCCACUACAGAGUCACCAAACUUCUGUUGGACAAGAAAGCAAAUCCCAAUAUUCGAGCACUGAAUGGUUUCACUCCUCUCCACAUUGCUUGUAAGAAGAACAGGGUGAAGGUGAUGGAACUGUUGGUCAAAUAUGGAGCCUCCAUUCAGGCCAUUACUGAGUCUGGACUGACUCCCAUCCAUGUAGCUGCUUUCAUGGGCCACCUCAACAUUGUUUUACUUCUACUUCAGAAUGGGGCAUCUCCUGACGUCCGUAACAUUCGUGGCGAGACAGCUCUCCACAUGGCAGCGCGAGCAGGUCAGAUGGAAGUGGUUCGCUGUUUGCUGAGGAAUGGAGCGUUGGUGGAUGCCAUAGCAAGGGAGAACCAGACUCCCCUCCACAUAUCGUCCCGUUUGGGGAAAACUGACAUUGUCCAGCUUCUGCUGCAGCACAUGGCUCAUCCAGAUGCUGCCACCACCAACGGCUACACUCCCCUCCAUAUUUCAGCCAGGGAGGGCCAGGAGGAGACAGCUGCCGUGCUUCUGGAGGCAGGAGCCUCACAUUCACUGGGCACAAAGAAAGGAUUCACUCCGUUACAUGUAGCAGCUAAGUAUGGGAGCCUCGAUGUAGCAAAACUUCUCCUUCAACGCAAAGCUCUCCCUGAUGAUGCUGGCAAGAAUGGACUGACUCCUCUACAUGUGUCAGCUCAUUAUGACAACCAAGAUGUAGCUCUGCUGCUGCUGGAGAAAGGAGCAUCACCUCACACUACUGCAAAGAACGGCUACACUCCUCUCCAUAUUGCUGCCAAAAAGAACCAGACAAAAAUUGCUUUAGCACUGCUGCAGUAUGAAGCAGAGACCAACGUUCUGACCAAGCAGGGAGUCAGCCCGCUACACCUGGCAGCCCAGGAAGGACAUGCUGAGAUGGCCAGCCUGCUGCUGGGCAAAGGAGCUCACGUCAACACAGCCAACAAGACCGGACUGACGUCUCUGCAUCUCGCAGCCCAAGAAGACCGGGUCAGUGCAGCAGAAGUACUGGCCAAACACGAUGCCAACUUGGAUCAACAAACUAAGCUUGGAUAUACCCCUCUGAUAGUUGCUUGUCACUAUGGAAAUGCAAAGAUGGUGAACUUCCUGUUACAACAAGGAGCCAGUGUCAACGCCAAAACCAAGAAUGGAUACACACCUCUUCAUCAGGCAGCACAACAAGGGAAUACACACAUUAUCAACAUGUUGCUACAACAAGGCGCCAAGCCCAAUGCUACAACAGUGAACGGAAACACUGCUCUGACGAUUGCCAGACGUCUGGGUUACAUCUCUGUAGUGGACACACUAAAAGUCGUCACUGAGGAGGUCAUCACUACCACAACGUCAGUCACAGAAAAACACAAGCUCAAUGUUCCUGAGACAAUGACGGAAAUCCUUGAUGUGUCUGAUGAAGAAGGUGAGGACACUAUGACAGGUGAUGGAGGAGAGUAUCUGAGAGCGGAGGAUCUCAGAGAGCUGGGUGAUGACUCUCUGCCAGGACACUACCUGGACAGCUUCAGCGACAUUAGUCACAACCUGGACAGGCCGCAACUUACUCCCAUUCACCAGAGUUUCCAUCAGAGAGAGGGAGUUCUCAUCGAAGACAUGCUGACAAGCCACCAGGUUUCAGCCCUAUCCAGAGAGCACGAUAAGGAGUCGUUCCGUCUGAGCUGGGGGGCUGAGCACCUUGAUAAUGUGGUGCUGUCCUCCAGUCUGCUACACUCUGGCUUCCUUGUCAGCUUCAUGGUCGAUGCCAGGGGCGGGGCCAUGCGAGGUUGCCGUCACAAUGGCCUUCGAAUCAUUGUGCCACCAAGAAAGUGUUCUGCACCCACGCGAGUGACAUGCAGGCUGGUGAAGAGACACCGCCUGGCCUCUAUGCCCCCAAUGGUGGAGGGUGAGGGGCUGGCUGGUCGCAUCAUUGAAGUGGGGCCUACUGGAGCCCAGUUCUUGGGUAAGCUCCACCUUCCCACAGCUCCGCCCCCUCUAAAUGAGGGUGAGAGCUUGGUCAGCCGCAUCCUGCAGCUGGGUCCUCCAGGAACCAAGUUCCUCGGACCUGUGAUCGUGGAGAUCCCCCAUUUUGCAGCUCUGCGGGGAACAGAGAGAGAGCUAGUGAUCCUUAGGAGUGAGACAGGGGAGAGCUGGAGGGAACACCACUGUGAUUUUACUGAAGAGGAACUGAACCAAAUACUAAAUGGCAUGGAUGAAAAACUUGAUUCCCCUGAGGAACUUGAAAAGAAAAGAAUCUGCCGUAUCAUCACCCGAGAUUUCCCACAGUAUUUUGCGGUGGUGUCACGGAUAAAGCAGGACAGUCAUUUGAUUGGACCAGAGGGCGGGGUCCUCAGUAGCACUCUUGUGCCACAAGUCCAAGCUGUCUUCCCUGAAGGAGCACUCACCAAAAAGAUCAGAGUCGGGCUUCAGGCUCAACCCAUUGAUGUUGAGGUGGUGCGAAAGAUUCUUGGUAACAAAGCCACUUUCAGCUCAAUUGUGACAUUGGAGCCACGAAGGAGAAAGUUCCACAAACCAAUCACAAUGACAAUCCCUAUUCCAAAGAGCUCCAAUAGUGACGGCCAAAGCGGAGUAUACAGUGGGGAGAUCCCUACUUUACGUUUGCUUUGCAGCAUUACAGGUGGGACCACUCCUGCUCAAUGGGAAGACAUCACGGGCUCCACACCUCUCACCUUUGUUAACCAAUGUGUGUCCUUCACCACAAAUGUGUCAGCGAGGUUCUGGCUAAUAGACUGCAGACAGAUCCAGGAGUCUGUUAGCUUUGGCUCACAGCUGUACAGAGAGAUCAUCUGUGUUCCAUACAUGGCAAAGUUUGUCAUUUUUGCUAAGACACUGGACCCUAUCGAGGCCCGCCUGCGCUGUUUCUGCAUGACAGACGACAAAAUGGACAAGACCCUUGAGCAGCAAGAGAACUUCACUGAAGUUGCCCGUAGCCGAGAUGUUGAGGUGCUAGAGGGAAAACCCAUAUUUGCUGACUGCUUUGGAAACCUGGUGCCUCUUACCAAGAGUGGACAACACCAUGUGUUCAGCUUCUUCGCUUUCAAAGAAAACAGACUGGCCCUUUUCAUCAAAAUCAGGGACACUGCUCAGGAGCCAUGCGGUCGCUUGUCCUUCACCAAGGAACCGCGCACAUAUCGUACUCUUAACCACACUGCUAUCUGCAACCUUAACAUCACUCUCCCAACAUACUCAAAGGAGUCUGAUUCCGACCAAGAUGCGGAUGACGAGAGUGAAAGGAGUGAUAAAAAAUGCAAUUCGUUGCCUGGGAGGCAACCAUCUUCUGGGAGAGAAGAUGUUUUUGAAUCAAGGCCUGCCUGGGAUGACACAGUGGAAACUCAGAUGCAGAGAAACAGCGAUGAGCCAUCUCCAAAAUGUACGCCAGUGGAUUGGCAGGAUGAUGCUGACAGGAAAGAGGAGACAUUAGCUAUCGUUGCAGAUCUUCUUGGUUUCAGCUGGACUGAACUGGCAAGAGAACUGGAAUUCAGUGAAGAUGAUAUUAAACUAGUGCGAACAGAGAAUCCUAAUUCCCUCCAAGAGCAGAGCCAUGCCUUGCUGCAGCGCUGGGUUGAACGGGAAGGCAAACAUGCCACAGAGGACUGUCUUAUUAAGAGACUAACCAAGAUCAACCGCAUGGACAUUGUCCAUCUCAUUGAAACCCAGAUGAACAAGUCAGUUCAAGAGCAAACAUCUAGAACAUAUGCGGAAAUAGAAAAGACACUGGAUCACAGUGAAGUAUCAGUAGCUCUAUCUUUAGUUCAAGAGGAUGCAGACAGCCCCCGAAUCGUAAGAAGGGUGGAGUCAGACCGCAGACCACCCCCAGCUGUUUCUGAAGAGGACCUAUCAGUUGCUUCCCUACUGGAUAUUCCUUCCUGGGCAGAGCCUGUUGGACACACACACUCAGAGAGCAUGCAUGGUGACCUGUUGGAGGAGCUUGAGAUCCCACAUGAAUUGAAUCCUAACCUGUGGACCUCUGAAGAUAUUAUUACUCAAGAACCUACAAGUUAUGAUAAUUCUAAUGAGCAAGCUGAUGACAUGCCUGACUUCCCCUCUCAGUCAGUGGUGGAAGAAAAGUACAAAGAUGAAAAUGGACACAUUGUUGUCAAAAAGGUUACGCGUAAAAUAAUUCGGAAGUGUGUUUCCGUGGAUGGUUUGGAGCUUGAAGAGGUGUCAUCUGAGGGAGCUCCACAUGAGUCCAUCAGUAUGGCAGAGGGAGAUGGAUACUCUAAGGUGCUAAAGCGGACUGUAAUUAAGAGUGAGGGAGAUCAAACAGAGGUAACAUUUGCUGAAUGUGAGGGAUUCUCAGCAUUAAGUCAGGAGACAGCUGAAGGUUGUAAGGUCAGUUGCAAGGAAAAGACAACGAUGUUGGAGGGGGAAAGGAAAAUGAGCCACCAUGGUGAUCCAUUUUUAUCCUCUGACCUACCCUCUGCCCAGGAUGACUUCGAACAGGCACUAGGUUAUAUAGGUGGUUUUAGCAGAGCAGAGCUCCCUCAUGUGGUAGAGAGCGAGACUGUCAAAGAAGAUGGAACUGUGGUCAGGAGGGCCCGCAUGCGUAAAGGUUGCACCCACAGACGAACAGUCGUGAAGGAGGCUGGGCAGCGCAAACAUGUCCUUCUAGAGCAAGAGGACAACCCUAGAAAAGGGUCAAAACCACACGACCUCCAGCAGCAUCUCCACCAACUCUUUUACAGCUACUAUAAAAAAGAGGAGGACAACAAUGAUAAAGAAGAAGAGGAGGAAGAGUAGAAGAGUGUGUAACACUUCACAAGACCCUUGCUCUGCCCAUGCUAAAAUCCCACCCUAAUCCUAUGCAUAAACCACAUGCAAUCCCAGUGUGCACCACGGCACCUCAAAGCUGCCACUGUCUUCCCAUUUUAGUCCUGGAAUAUGAUCUUUUGAUCACAAUUUGUUUUGCUUUCAUGUUCUCAUGUUGUUUUGCCUUUUUGUGACCAAAGAAAGCCUUCUGUAGUUCUCCUCAUUCAUUUUACUUACCAUGUCAUUUUUAUCUUGAUGCUGUGGCAGAACAAAAAAAAAAACACAAUGAAAAAACAGGAAUACUUUCACAUCCACUAACUCACAAACCUCCUGAAGGUAAAGACACUACCUGCAAAAUACUGGUACUACUCUUUAAGUAGGUGCUUGGACUCAAAGACAAUAACUCUCACACUGCACUGCCUCUCACUACCAGAGUUUCUCAGAUAUUCCUAACUAGAAAAUGAUCUUACUCACUGUACUAGCCUCUUGUUCUUUUGAUUCAGGUGAUCAAGAUGUCACACAGAGAAAACCCGACUGUAUCGACAGUGAAAUUUACUGCUGCUGCUGUGUUUUGUGUAGGCAUUGUGUAGUCUGUCUUUGGGAAUAAUAUUUAUCUAUAAUCUAGACAUUACUGACAUCAGUAGCCUAGUAAUAAUAAUCACUAAUGUAAAGUAGAGAAGGCAUGACUAAUCAACAUCUGUCAUUAUGAUCCUAGCUUUGACUGCUUUGUAAUUCUAUGGAUUGCCCUUCUGCGUCUCUAUCCCUUUAUUGGUCUAUCUUUUCUGUGUUAUUAUGUUUGGCUUUAUUUAUUUUGUUGGGCCUUUUUGUCUUAAAUUGUUGUCUUGACUCAUACUGUAUGAAUGUGGGUAAUCUGUGAGUGAUGUUGUACUGUGUAUGUUUAAGUGUGAGCUAAAGAGAUAGUAUUGUCAGAAUUAUUGGAGGCUUAUUUUAAACUCUGAUUUUCAAGAUUUUUUGGUUUAUUUUAGUUUUGGAUUUAAGUUUACUAGUAAUUUAAGAUUUAAGCCAACUGAACCUUUAUUUGCCACUGGUGAAUUCAAUCAUCACAGGUGUUUUAGAGUCACUGAUAUGAAAAUUGGUUUCAGCUUUAUUUAAGUUUAGAGGUUAAUAGCUUAUCUUUUGAACUUGUUUUGGACCAGUUUUUGGCAGUUGUGUUCUAUUGUUUUUGAGUGAAUGGGUCUGAGUGUAGUAGAACAAAGUGUGUGCCAGUUACUGUCAGAGAAGGAAACAAACAUUAUUUUACACAACACUGAUUUGCACUCCUGUAUGUCAGAAGGGAAGACCUCCAUGCUUUUUGUGAACAGGAAUAUAUAUAUAAGUUAGCCACAGAGAUAGUUUCAUGUUGGCUGGGCAGAUGAUAAAUUAAACAUGAUGAUACACAACGCACACGUGCAACGAGGCAGGUUGACAGCUUCACCAUACCAUUAUUCACAGCUCUGAGCAUCGCGACUUUAUGUAUCUACGACAUGUAAUGUAUUUAUUUCACUAUCACUGUUUACUUUGUGAUUUAGAAAAUGUAAAAUGCAAACUAGUGGAAGUUCACUGUGACAGGUAUGCUUUUAAUUUUGAAGAAUCAGCAUCCCUUUUCUGUGAUGAUGACAGUUAUAUAAAUAUACAAUGCAUAUAUAAAUAUCUAUAAGGGCAUGUAUUACUGUAUCAAAAUUCAAAUAGACAAAAACAAAAUGGCUGCAGUGUGUCUAUGGCUGAGAAUAAAAGUCUACCAAUGUAAA